GCUUUCGCGCAGACGUGUCCGGCCGCUGUCCCGGCCCGUCCUUCCGCAGCUGCCGCCCUCGCCACCUCAGCCCGGGCCGGCGGCGCCAUGUCCGGGACCAGCAGCCCCGAGGCCGUGAAGAAGCUGCUGGAAAACACGCAGGGAGACCUGCGGGGCCUGAGCCUGGAGUGCCGCAAGAAAUUCCCCCCCGUCAAGGAGGCUGCUGAAUCAGGAAUAAUAAAAGUUAAAACGAUAGCUGCAAGAAACACUGAUAUUUUGGCAGCAUUGAAAGAGAACAGCUCAGAAGUAGUUCAGCCGUUUCUAAUGGGCUGUGGAACAAAGGAACCAAAGAUUACUCAACUGUGUCUAGCAGCCAUACAGAGGCUUAUGUCACAUGAAGUUGUUUCAGAGGCUGCAGCUGGAAAUAUUAUUAACAUGCUUUGGCAACUGAUGGAAAAUAGUCUUGAAGAACUCAAAUUACUUCAGACAGUUCUUGUUCUUUUAACAACCAAUACAGUUGUCCAUGAUGAAGCACUCUCCAAGGCAAUUGUUCUUUGCUUUCGACUUCACUUCACAAAAGAUAAUAUCACAAAUAACACUGCUGCAGCUACAGUACGACAAGUAGUUACUGUUGUUUUUGAGAGAGUGGUUUUUGAAGACGAACGAUACAAAGAUGUUAUUGAACAACCAGUACCAGCUCCAGGAAACAGUAACAGAAGAUCUGUCAGUACUCUGAAACCAUGUGCUAAAGAUGCAUAUAUGCUUUUUCAGGAUCUUUGCCAGUUGGUUAAUGCUGAUGCUCCUUACUGGCUGGUGGGUAUGACAGAAAUGACCCGGACAUUUGGUCUUGAGCUUCUUGAGUCAGUCCUCAAUGAUUUUCCUCAAGUGUUUUUACAACAUCAAGAAUUUAGUUUCCUCCUUAAAGAGAGGGUUUGCCCUCUUGUGAUAAAGCUAUUCUCCCCAAAUAUCAAGUUCAGACAAGGUUGCAGCACUUCAUCUUCACCUGCACCAGUGGAAAAACCAUAUUUUCCUAUCUGCAUGCGCCUGCUGAGAGUAGUCUCUGUUUUGAUCAAGCAGUUUUACAGCUUGCUGGUAACAGAAUGUGAGAUCUUUCUGUCACUACUAGUAAAGUUUCUGGAUGCAGACAAACCACAGUGGCUUAGAGCUGUUGCAGUGGAAUCUAUCCACAGGCUUUGCGUGCAGCCCCAGCUAUUAAGGUCCUUUUGUCAAUCCUAUGAUAUGAAACAGCAUUCUACCAAGGUUUUCCGUGACAUUGUAAAUGCACUUGGAUCAUUCAUCCAGUCACUUUUUCUUGUACCAAGCACAGGAAACACAUCAACGACAGUAAACCAAACUGGAAGCAAUACAUCUGGUGGUACAGCCUCAUCACAAACCAACCCAGGAAUGCAGGGAAUGGGUGGAGGUGUGACUGUAUUACCUGCAUUUGAAUAUCGAGGCACCUGGAUACCUAUACUCACUGUAACAAUACAAGGCAGUGCUAAAGCUACCUACCUAGAAAUGCUGGAUAAAGUAGAGCCACCUACAAUUCCUGAAGGAUAUGCCAUGUCUGUGGCAUUCCAUUGUUUACUGGAUCUUGUCCGUGGUAUCACUACCAUGAUUGAAGGAGAGUUGGGACAGGCUGAAACAGACAAUCAGACCAUGACUGAAGCAACUUCAUCACCAAUACAGUCUUCGGAGCAGCAAGAUUUGCAGUCAGUAUCUGACCAAACUGACAAGGAGCUAGUUAACAGAGCUGUUUGGGAAGAAAUGGUGAAUGCGUGCUGGUGUGGUCUUCUUGCUGCACUGUCGCUGCUUCUUGAUGCCAGCACGGAUGAAGCUGCCACAGAAAAUAUCUUAAAAGCAGAAUUGACCAUGGCUGCACUUUGUGGAAAACUGAGUCUUGUAACUUCAAGAGAUGCCUUUAUCACUGCCAUUUGCAAAGGCUCCUUGCCUCCUCAUUAUGCCCUCACUGUACUGAACAGCACAACUACAACUCUCUCCAGCAAAUCUUAUUCGAUUCAGGGGCAGAAUGUUCAGAUGAUCAGUCCAUCAAGUGAAUCUCACCAGCAAGUUGUAGCAGUAGGGCAACCGCUAGCUCUCCAGCCACAGGGAACAGUAAUGCUGACUUCAAAAAAUAUCCAGUGUAUGAGGACGUUACUUAACUUGGCCCACUGCCAUGGAGCAGUUCUUGGUACAUCAUGGCAACUUGUCUUGGCUACUCUACAGCAUCUCGUAUGGAUUCUGGGUUUAAAGCCUGGCGUUGGAGGUGCCUUAAAACCCGGGAGAGCUGUAGAAGGACCCAGCACAGUUCUAACUACAGCAGUUAUGACUGAUUUACCAGUUAUAUCCAAUAUACUUUCAAGACUAUUUGAAAGCUCACAGUACCUUGAUGACGUGUCUUUACAUCAUUUAAUAAAUGCCCUUUGUUCCUUGUCUCUGGAAGCCAUGGAAAUGGCCUAUGGAAAUAACAAGGAACCAUCUCUUUUUGCUGUUGCUAAACUGUUGGAAACGGGACUGGUUAACAUGCAUAGGAUUGAGAUUCUGUGGAGACCUCUGACUGGUCACCUCCUAGAGGUCUGCCAGCAUCCAAACUCCAGAAUGAGAGAAUGGGGGGCAGAAGCGUUAACCUCUCUCAUUAAAGCCGGGCUUACAUUUAACCAUGACCCUCCAUUAUCACAAAAUCAGAGGCUGCAGUUGCUUUUGUUAAAUCCAUUGAAGGAACUGUCAAACAUUAUUCAUCCUGAUAUCAGGCUCAAACAAUUGGAGUGUGUAUUGCAGAUUUUGCAGAGUCAAGGUGACAGUCUAGGACCUGGCUGGCCAUUAGUCCUUGGUGUCAUGGGAGCAAUCAGAAGUGAUCAAGGAGAGUCCUUAAUACGAACUGCAUUCCAGUGUCUUCAGUUGGUUGUGACAGACUUCCUACCAACAAUGCCAUGCACUUGCCUACAAAUAGUUGUUGAAGUUGCAGGAAGCUUUGGACUUCACAAUCAAGAACUAAACAUUAGCCUAACAUCAAUUGGUUUGCUGUGGAAUAUUUCAGAUUAUUUCUUCCAAAGAGGUGAAACCAUUGAAAAAGAGCUGAACAAAGAGGAAGCAGUAUUGCAGAAGCAGGCAGAAGAGAAGGGAGUGUUGUUAAAUCGUCCUUUCCACCCAGCACCGCCAUUUGACUGCCUUUGGCUCUGUCUCUAUGCCAAGCUGGGGGAACUCUGUGUAGAUCCACGACCUGCAGUUAGAAAGAGUGCUGGACAGACAUUGUUUUCUACAAUUGGUGCCCAUGGAACUUUACUUCAACAUUCAACAUGGCACACAGUUAUAUGGAAGGUUCUGUUUCACCUGUUGGAUAGGGUUAGAGAGUCUUCCACGACAGCUGACAAAGAGAAGAUUGAGUCAGGAGGAGGCAAUAUUCUCAUUCAUCAUUCAAGGGAUACAGCAGAGAAACAAUGGGCUGAGACAUGGGUAUUAACAUUGGCGGGAGUAGCGAGAAUAUUCAACACUAGGAGAUACUUACUACAACCUUUAGGAGAUUUUUCCAAAGCCUGGGAUGUUCUUCUUGAUCACAUCCAGUCUGCAGCACUCAGCAAAAACAAUGAAGUUUCCUUGGCUGCUCUGAAAAGUUUUCAGGAAAUUUUACAAAUUGUGUCUCCUGUCCGAGACUCAGAAAAACCUGAUACGCCACCUGCUAUUAAUGUGCCUGCCCUCCUAGGGGCAAUGACUGCUACUGGUCUGGGCAGAUCAUUCAUGAGAACUGACUCUAUAGGAGAAAGAAUUGGAAGAUAUAAUGAAUCUGAGCCACCUAUAAUAACAGAUGAGAUUGAAGAUUUAAAUCUUUGGUGGGCUGCCUGGAACACCUGGUAUAGGAUUGGCUCAGAAAGUACAAAGCCUCCAAUUACUUGUGAGAAAUUGACUUUCAUACCCAGCCAACCUUUUCUCACAGCUUUAAUUCAGAUAUUCCCAGCUCUCUACCAACGCAUCAAAACUGGUUUCAGCAUGGAUGAUCUCCAAAAGCUUGGUGUCAUUUUACAUGGUGCUGUUUCAGUUCCAAUCAGUUCUGAUGCCUCCCCUUUCAUCUUGCCAUCUUAUACUGAAGCAGUUUUGACAAGUUUGCAGGAAGCAGUGCUUACCUCUUUAGACGUCUUACAAAAGGCCAUAUGUGUAGGUUCAGAAAACAUGCAGAUAAUGUAUCCAGCAAUCUUUGAUCAGCUUUUGGCAUUUGUAGAAUUCUCCUGUAAACCGCCACAGUAUGGACAGCUGGAAAUGAAACACAUUGCAAAUGCAAAAUAUAAUCAGAUACAACUAUUUGCACCGGCAGAAUGGGUAGCAUUGAAUUACGUACCAUUUGCUGAGAGAUCUUUGGAAGUUGUGGUGGAUUUAUACCAAAAGACUGCUUGCCACAAAGCUGUAGUUAAUGAGAAAGUUCUUCAAAACAUUAUUAAGACACAGAGGAUACCUCUGAGCCUGAAGUACGCAUGCCCCUCUGAAAGCACAUGGAAACUAGCAGUAUCUUCUCUUCUUAAAGUUCUUUCUAUUGGACUGCCAGUUGCAAGGCAGCAUGCCUCUUCUGGAAAAUUUGACAGUAUGUGGCCAGAACUAGCCAACACACUUGAAGACUUUUUAUUCACCAAAAGUAUACCUCCAGAUAAUCUUUCUAUUCAAGAGUUUCAGAGAAAUGAGAGUAUUGAUGUUGAGGUGGUGCAACUCAUCAGCACAGAGAUACUGCCGUAUGCUAAUUUUAUUCCCAAGGAAUUUGUUGGUCAGAUAAUGACUAUGCUUAAUAAAGGUUCAAUACAUUCUCAGUCGUCGUCAUUUACGGAAGCAGAAAUAGAUAUUCGAAUGAGAGAAGAAUUUUCUAAGAUGUGCUUUGAAACACUGCUUCAGUUUUCAUUCAGUAAUAAAGUCACAACUCCUCAGGAAGGAUACAUCUCUAGAAUGGCACUGUCUGUACUCUUGAAAAGAUCACAGGAUGUACUGCAUCGCUACAUAGAAGAUGAAAGAUUAAGUGGCAAAUGUCCUCUUCCACGGCAGCAAGUAACAGAAAUCAUAUUCGUUUUAAAAGCUGUCAGUACUCUAAUAGAUUCCCUUAAGAAAACUCAGCCUGAAAAUGUUGAUGCAAAUACAUGGGCACAAAUUAUUGCGUUGUACCCAACUUUAGUUGAAUGUAUCACUUGCUCAUCCUCGGAAGUCUGUUCUGCUCUCAAGGAGGCACUAGUUCCCUUUAAGGACUUCAUGCAUCCACCAGCACCCAAGGUACAGAAUGGAGAGUCUUGAAAAGAUCAAACUUUUUUAUUUUUGAAAAAAAAAAGUAUCCCAAAAAAAGAAUAUUUGUUCCUAACUGAGACUUCUCUGAGGAAAUCUCUUGUGACUAGUACUUGGCAACCAGCGUUGACCUUCUUUCAGUUGUACUAACAAGAGCUUUGUAAUUCAUGCAUACAACAAGCUUACAGCUCAAAGGUUCCAGAGUGAGUAGCAGUGCAAGCCUUUAAUAAAUUUAACUGACGAGAUGGAAUCAGUUGUAACCUAAUGUACUUGCUACAAUAUAUUGAAGUGGUGACUGAAAAGUGGGCUUAUGUAUAGCUUGUGGUGUAUGUGUUAAUGAUGUAAUUAAAAAAAAAGUAUUUCAAUUCAGUCAGAUUGAUUAGGCUGGUGUUUUGCACCAUUUUUUCAAGUACAAAAUUGUACUAAAAUUUUAUGCAAGAUGGUACUGUAACAUUCCAUAUUAUCUGUAACCAGCCUUUGUAAACAAAGGGAACUGAUGAACUUGUGUGUAUAAUAAAUGGUACAGUUCUAUAUAAAAUAGUUGCAUUUAUUAUUUAAAUUCUUUUUAAAAUAUUGAUAAUGUUAAAUGCUUGAAAAAUGUAUUUAUUAUGAAUACUAAGUUGUAUGCUUGCAUUUUUACGUACAAUUUGCCUUCAUAAUUGGCAGAUAUGGUUAUUCAUAUCUGAUCAUCCGGUUAAUUUUUUGCUUAUUUGAAUGUAUCUUAUUUCAACAAAGAGGUCAUAUGAUGAAAGACAGCAAACAGCCAAUGAUCUGCUGAUUUCAAACUUUAAAGUAGGUGAUUUGAAAUGAGUUUGAAUAUGUGGAAAUAUACUGUAGCACUCCAACUCUACCAUACCUCACAUCACAAAAUAUUUGUUUCAACAUACUCGUUUACGUAAGUCUAUCCAUUUUUAUGUUUGUUUUUGGUAGUUGUCCUGCUUUACAAGAAUGUUUCAUAUUUGGGAUUUAUAUCUCUCUUUUUGCCCAUAAUGGUAGUUGUCAUUGUCUUUGAAUUAUGAUCCAAGAAAGGUGAUUUCAAAUAUCUGAUAUAUUUGGCUGUAAUUUUUGUUUGUUUGUUUGUUUCAGUAAUCUUAAGCGCUCUGUUUUGUACUGUCUUUUCAGCCCAAACAAUAAUUGUUCUAACCUUCAAGUACAAAAUGUGCGCGUGAUAUAAACCAUGAGAAGUGUAUUUUUGAAGAUUGUUAUUCAUUUAGAAGUGCAGUAAACUUUCUGUCAUGAAGUAAAAUGUGAAUUUUGUUUCCCUUUCAUGUACUACGUAGUUGAAGCAGAAUACUUUUGAGUACUGUUCUUUAUAAAGUUGAAUUGUGACAUAGCAUAUUAUAUUCCUAUUCAAUGAAUUGUUCCAGUAAUAUUUCACCUGUACUUAGGUAUUUAUUAUCAUCCAUGUGAAGAGCUUUAAAACAUAGCUUUAAAAACAUAAAAAUCUAAAGUUAGACUCCUACCUCCACAGUUAGGCACCUGCCUGGUUUUUCCAAAGUGCUGAAUUCUUAAUAGCUGCUAUUGUCCUGGCCCAGUGCAGAGGACUGGACUAGAUGACCUACCAAGGUCCCUUGCAGGCCUACAUUUCUAUGAUUUUAUGAAAUCAGACAAGGUCCUUGGGAGGAGUUGGGUACUCAGUGCUUUUAAAAAUUGGGCAGACAACUUCCUAUGGAUUAUAGAGAUUAACUUUAGGUUCUGGACUUUUAAAAUAUUGUGCAGAUAUUAAAAACAGGGAUCAUUCAAACAUUUUUGUGGGUUAAAAGAUUGGUUUACGUGAAUAGAUUAGGGUUGCUAACCCUCCAGGAUUGUCCUGAAGUCUCCAGGAAUUAAAUAUUAAUCUUUAAUUAACAAUAAUGUCGUGAUGAAACCUCCAGGAAUAUGUCCAACCAAAAUUGGCAAUCGUAGAAUUGAUGUAAAGUUGAAAGAGUUGCUAGUAGAGUGUUUCAUUAUGAAUUGGUCAGAAUUAGAGAGUCUGUAAGUGCAUAGUACUAUGCAACCAUAGUUUUUAAAUGCUUGCUCCUUUUAUGCUCCAUAUUAUAUUAUUAUUCUCAUUUAAAAAAUAGGAGAAAGAACUUUACUUUGUUUCAUUUUCCAUCAUUAGGGAUUUUUAAGAGCAGGUUGUACAAACACCUGUCAGGGAUGGUCUAGAUAAUACUUAGUCCUGCCUUGAGUGCAGGGGACUGGACUAGAUGACCUCUCGAGGUCUCUUCCAGUUCUAUGAUUCUAUAUUACAGUAAAUGCACAACAGGCUUUAAGACCUUGGAUAAACUAGUUUCUUCCCGAGCUUUAGAGAACACAAAUUUUGUAUUAAGAAACCAAAUAUUUUCCCUAACAGCUGAGUUUGGGUAGGUCUUGAAAUGUUUUAGUUCAUUUUUAGUGUAAAAAUAGCUAAUUUUGAGAAGCAGUUCCAAAAUGCCACAAUAUGGAAACCUAUACACCAAAUGAAUGUCAAUUUUUGGAUUUCCUCUAAAACUGAAAAUCUGAAAAUAACUGCAAUACUGAUGAAAGCAACAUAUUUUUAGGGCUAGGUCUUGCUGACUUCAGUAGAAGGAUGGUCAGGGCCCAUAGUGUCACUUA